AUGACACUUUUAAGUACCAAGCCCAUUGCUUGGGCUUACUCUAUGAUAAUGUUAGGGAUUGAAAUGCUAAAUUCUUUCUUCGAUUUUCACUCUGUGAAUUUUUUACAUCUGUACAAGAUUUCAGAAGUGGCCUUUUCCCAAGCCCAGAUAAUUUUAAUGAUCUGGAAUGCUCUUAAUGGGUAUUUUUACAAUAACUCGAAAGCCGUCUGCUGUUCCAGCUGUCACAGCUGUUUUUUGUAUGGUGCCACUUUAUAUGCAAUAGCCUUCCUGCUUCCUUGGUUCCCCUGGAAAUACUAUCACGAAUGUGACUGGCUCAGUGGAUGUCACCUGAUGGCAUCAUUGUGUGCUUUCCGGAGCAUGCCCACCUUUAUUCAGCAAGCAGAGUGUGCCCUGUUUGCUGAGGUUUUCACUAGACAUGAAAGUCGGCCUCGGCUUAUUAAAUUAACAAUGGCUGCACUGGCAGGAUCUACAAGCAUCCUUUUCUGUGGCCUUAUCUCUGAUGACAUGGAAAUGGUGCUCAGUUUCCAGGCCGUUGCUGUUGUCCUUGCCAUCCUUGCUGCCGCCAGCCGUUACACCGGCCUGUAUCCCAUGCGGGGCUUCGAGCUUAAAAGAAGUCCCGAGGAAAACCUGGAUCUCCCCGGGACCUCCGUCAUCUCACAGAUGAAACAGGUCCUGACCCAGAAGAACUUUUGCCUCUUUCUGAUAAUGGGUUCUUUCCAAGUCUUUCAUUCAAUCGUCAGUAACUUCAUGACGAUCUUCGCAGAGGAGCUCAUUCCCAAGGAGGCUCUUCCUCCUUCCAGCAGGAGCAUCCUGUGCGGAGCAGGCUUCAUCCGCCCACAGGGAGGUGGUGGUUAUUCACGGAGCUUCCUGCAGGGCUUGAAGGUCUAA